AUGGCUAGCAACACUCUCUUGGAAUUUCUCACAGCACCCAACCCAACACUGGACUGUACGAGGUCCUCGGUGGGUGCGAAUACGUUCAAUGCCAACUGGGACCCUGUUUCCGCACUGGAAGAUUGGCCAGACUUUAACUACGAUAUACUGAUGCAAUCCUAUGGGCAUGUUCUACUGCAACAAGUUCCGCCAAUGCCUGGAACCAGUCCUCCGCUCACUCCACUAGCGACAACAAUCUUCACUGAGGAAACGUUUAAUGACGUCUUAUCGCGGGCAAUCAUGCCACAAGUCUCUGAGGCCCUGAGGGUCGCUUGGCCACUCUGCCACCCCGAUCACAACCCGAAAGACGUUGCUGAAAUUGCAAAGGGGGCCAAAGCGAAAAGAGGAACGACAGAAGAAGAUAAUCGAUUUUACCCGGACUGGGCCGCUAUCAGAGAAUCUCAGGAAACAAACUUUGGGUACAAGAAUCUCUGCCCGGGAGAGACCAAACUCGCUUCAAAAUGGAGUACUUCUAAGGAAGGCCGAGGGCGGACAGACUAUCUAGCACCCUUUGACCAGAUCCAAACUUAUUGUGGCCGCCAAUGGGGUGCUCCUCACGGCUAUAUUAUAACGCCGGAAGAACUCGUCGUGGUCAGAGUUUCGAGGGAAUCCAUCGGACCGGGUCUCGCGGCUUCAAGGCCGAUUAGGACCCGGAUACAGAGAGAACAACCGGCUCACUCGCGGACGUUCUCUACGGAGACUGUCAGUUCGGGGUUACAAGCAAUGUCUCUAGACACGGGAUCGAGUUUCAGCUAUGAUACAAAUCCAAAUAUUGAGUAUGGGCCACUACAAUUCAAAAGUAUACCGUGGAAGGCUGAGGGGAAGAAUAAGAUGACAGUUAAAUUGGCACUAUGGUGGUUGAACGUCGAAACUGGGAAAGAUCUCUCAGUCCAGGAUUACCCGCCGAGUCGAAUAAGUGAUCAUCGACAGGUACAACAACCAUCUGAAAGGGCUCGUGCGCCGGCGCCGUUGUCUGGGUCUGGCCCAGGUAAGGGCAAACGCCCUGCGAAGACGUGA